GACUAAGCGUGUGUUGGUAGGGUGCGUGAAUCGAGAACGAACAGCGAGUUGGAACUUAAUUCGUGUCGGCGAGAUCGCUGUACUUUCGUUCGAGUUUCCUUACAUUUUAUCCAGCCGAACACGAAGGACUUCAGUAAUGUGGCUUUCGACGCCGUAUAACCGUCCCGUCGCUGGAACGUUUUCAGGGAUUCCUACCCUGUGGAAACCUCGGUUUCUGUUACUGGAACCUCGGAAUGUGUGAAGACAUGGCCGAGGCCGGGGCUGUGAACACACUGACAAUACUAGUGGCUGAGAAAGUGACAUUUUUAAAUGUAUAAACUCAGGAACGCCGAUGUUUUGUGCGGCCUGGUGUAAAAGCGGGCCUGAGGAUGGCUUCCAUGGCGCCAGAGGCACCGUCACCAGAACCUACAGAAGAUCGACACCAAACGGAUCUCUACACAAGACCUGGAUGGGUAGAUGCAGAUGUUGCACUCAGCCAGUUAGAUCGGGGGUUGGCGCAUGGCGAUCGCGGAAUCUUAUGGUUACGCAGUCGCAUCCACCGACAAUUGAGAUGGUUAGGACGCAUCCUGGACACACACGCCGGAAAAUUCAUUUUCGUCAGCAUGCUUGCCAUUGCUACCUUUUCUGUUGGGCUCAAGAGUAUGACCUUCCAUUCCGAUCUGGAGUACCUCUGGACCGAACCUUCAGAAAAUUCUUCAUUUGCAGGGAUGCAAGACACCACGCCUUCGGAGAUCCUUUCGACGCAUCAGAUGAUCGUGCAAACUGGCGUGGAUCCAGAAGUGGAUCUUCUCCAUCCUCACGGUCUUUUGGAGCAUCUGGUGCUUGUCCAAAAAGCUUCACAAGUCACUGUUACCAUGUUCGACAUCACUUGGAGACUGAAAGAUUUCUGCCUCUCGCCAACCAUACCCAACUUUGAUGCCCAUUAUAUCGAGCAGAUCUUCGAGAACAUGAUGCCCUGUUCCAUCGUCACCCCUUUGGACUGUUUUUGGGAAGGAUCUAAGCUACUUGGACCUGACUAUCCUGUUCCUAUACCGUACGGAAUAGGCACACACAUAAAAUGGACGAACCUGAAUCCUAGCGACUUGGUAGCUCAAAUGGAACAAAAAGAGAACCAGUUCGACUAUCACACACUACGUGAUUAUUUGAAGCGUGCUGGUAUAACUACAGGAUACCAAGAAAAGCCUUGCCUCAAUCCUCGCGACCCGGAAUGUCCAACUUCUGCUCCAAACUUCAACUCAACCAUGACCUUGGACAUUGGAGCCGAACUAACUAGUGGAUGUUAUGGAUUCGCCGCUAAAUACAUGCACUGGCCCGAAGAAUUAAUCGUUGGAGGUGUGCUUAAGAAUAAGUCUGGUCAUAUCAAAGAAGCCAAAGCUUUACAAACUGUUGUGCAGCUCAUGAGUGGGCACGAAUUAUAUGAGUAUUGGUCUGGUCAUUAUAAAGUCCACCAUAUUGGUUGGACGAAGGAUAAAGCCACAUUGGUACUGAAUACGUGGCAGAAAAAAUUUUCAGAGGAGGUAGAACGGCUCUCGCUUAGCAAAAAACAAUCGUCAUCGUACAUAUUCCUCACGUUCUCAACGGCGAAUGUGAACAAAAUUCUGGAAGAAUACUCUAAAGCAGAUCUAGUGAAGUGUGGCAUUGUCCUAGGAGUGGUGUGCAUAUACGGUUGGAUAGCUCAUUCUGGGAUAGCAGUUAUCGGAGUGCUGGUUCUUGCUAGCUCAGCAGCUGCAGCUCUUGGAGUCUGUAGUUUGAUUGGCCUGCCAAUGAAUCUACUCAGUACACAUGUUCUGCCGUAUAUUACAGUUGGCUUAGCCAUGCGGGAUAUGUUUCUAAUUUUGACUACGUCUAGAAGAAAACUGACGCCUUCAGAGGUGCUCCAACGGACAGGUCCUGGCAUCUUGUCAGCAGUCGUGAUAAACUCAGGAUCGCUUGUGGUAGCAGCCAUCAUCCCUAUCCCAGCCUUAAGGGUGUUCUGUCUCCAGUGCGCUGUUACAGUCGUCUUCCACGGGGCCGCGCUGUUGAUAAUGUUUCCGUCUUUGUUGGCAUUACAACAAAGGUGCCAAAAGGCGGACGUGCCUUGCUUCCGGUCGGAAUCCAAACAUCCGUCAAAAACACCGACCAAUAACAACGUAGAUCUGGAGCAUGGGGCAAACUUGCUGACAGCCGAGAUUUGCCAGAAGAAGAAAAGUUGGAUAUGUUGGUGUGUGAACCGUUACCUCACUUCUGUAUUGCUGAAGCCUUUUAUGAAGGUGACAAUGUGCAUAACUUACGUUGUACUUAUAAUAUUUUGUAUAUUCAACGGAUUGAAAUUAGAGUUUGAUGUAAGACUGUCUGCCUUCAUACCAAUAGAUACUCAAGAGUACAAAUACUUAGAAGCUCAUAAUAAGUUUUUUGGUUUCUAUAAUUUUUAUAUGGUUACGACUGAGCUAGAGUAUCCUUUGUAUCAGCCCCUUUUGUAUGAGUACCAUUCUUCAUUCACGAAUGUUCCACAUGUCUUAAAAGACUCGAACGGUGGUUUAGAUAUGAAUGAUUUUUGGCUGGCUAAUUUCAAAGACUAUUUAGUUGAUCUGCAGUUGGAGUUCGAUAAUAGUAGAAAUACCAGCUGUUUAAGCAGUGAAAAGUGGUACCCUAAUGCCACUGAGAAAGCAGUAUUAGCAUUUAAAUUAUUAGCGCAGACCGGUGUUGUAGAGUAUCCUGUAGAUAAGAGUCAAAUAUAUAAGAAAAGACUGGUUGUUGAUAAUAUUAUAGAUCCCAAAGCAUUUUAUAAUUAUUUAUCGGUAUGGAAUAGUAAUGAUCAAUUGUCAUACACAAGCUCUCAGGCAAAUUUGAUUCCAAAACCCUUCCAAUAUUAUAGUUCCAAGGCUGAGUACGAUUUGAAAAUUCCUAAAUCACAGCCGCUCGUCAACGCACAAAUGCCAUUUUAUUUAAAAAAUAUGAAAAACACUAGAAGCAUCAUAAGUACUUUGAGACAAAUCAAAGACAUAUCUGAACAGUUCAACUCAAGAGGACUGAAAAAUUACCCCAUCGGGCUAAUCUUUGCGUAUUUCAAUCAGUUCCUAUAUUUGGAACGCCACUUGUUGAUCCAGUUCAUUUUGAGCAUAAUUUGUGCGGCCAUUGUGUCAUGUCUCCUUGUGCACUGGACAAAAUUGUGGUGUGCACUGUUUAGUACUUUAGUUUGUAUGUUAUUACUAUGUUUAAUGAACGUCAACGCUUUAACUGGUAUUAUAGGUUGUCUGCAUUUUGUAUCGAUGAAUAGGAAUAUAUUCCUAGUAUUGAUCGGAUUCUUGAGUGCCUUGGGCAGCAGGGAACGUCGCGUCCGACUAUCCCUAGAUGCUUACGCAGAGCCAAUAGUCAAAGGUGACAUUGGGCUGUUGAUAUGCGCCUCAGUAUUAGCUACCUCACAAUUCGAGUUCAUUCACUGUCAUCUGUUCCUUAUGAUAUUGUUGUCAGUUGGUGGUUCGAUAGCAAACUCGUUGGUAUUCUUUCCUCUACUGCUCACAUUCGCUGGGCCUAAGUCUGAGCUGCAGCCUACUGAACAUACGGAUCGUAUAAGUACUCCCCCACCUGGUACUCCCCCUGCUCCUCCCACAAGAACCACUACAUUUCCGAAGCCCUCCCGGAGGACCUCCUCAACAGCCAAGGCUACAAGAGAGCCCAGCCUAACUACUAUUACAGAGGAAAGUUGUAACCAGAGUAUUACUGUCGAACCACAGGUGACUGUCGAGUAUAGUAGCCCAGAAUCGAGCUCUAGUGGCCCGUAUACGACCAAAGUAACUGCCACAGCUAAUAUUAAAGUUGAAUUAGUAACUCCUGUAUAUAGGCCAAAUAAAUGUAAUACAAAGUGUCAUAAAUCGAAAUGUGACAAACGUAAACGCGCACAAGAGUCGAAGCAACAUCAGCAACAACAGUGUCGAUGUUGUAAGCAAGACUCUUCGGACAGUAGUGAUAGCAGUAACAGGGAACCGGAGACGGAACUCUGCUCUAAUAGCUAGCAGUUCGUUACCACAUUAUAGUCUUAGUAUAUACUCGUAGUGAACUUUUUGGUUGCAACUUUCUGCCGAAAAAAACUAUUUGUAUUAAACGAGUCCUUCUUUUUGGGCUGUUCGGCCGACCUCGGUGAUUGUUGAUUCUUGACUUUUCGCCAUAGGUAUACAAGCGACAGCUUGCUCUGUGUUCUGAAAUGCUUGUUUUUAUCGAUCGUUUCGUAGUUGGGACUUUCCUUUUCAUAAACUACGUUUGCGAUAUCAAACCUAGCAUGCGGUGAAACAUCCGGGAAACUGUUCAUCGAAAAGAAACGAAGGAUCUUGAAAAACGAUCUGCAUGAACUCGCGGAGCUUCGGUAGCAUUUCGAAAACACCCACCCUAAAUUAAAAUAAUAUGGACGACUCUGAUAUUGCUGUAUGAGUGCCAUUUUUAUAUCAUUUUUUAGAACCGAUGUGUAAAGGUGUCGUUUACCAACGCGGCCAGUGCUUACAUUGAGUACUGCAGGACCGGAUUAGGAUUCUGUUUUGUUUAGGUUUGAUUUACUUUGCAGACCCUAAUAUCUCGGUAAUCUCAAGACUUUACUAGGAAAAACUGCUCAUUUUUCCAAGAUUUAUACGCCGUGUAAAGGAAAGUCUCAACUUUGAUUACACCUUGUUUAAACAUUUCUGCAGGUGCACGAUAUACGAUAGACUACCGAUGUUUCCGGUGGAUUACUUAUUUUUGGCCGAUCUCGGGUAUUCUUGUAUUUUUCUUGUCGACAAGUACAGCUAUCCAUGUUUUGUUCACUUUGUGUUAAAUCUUCCCCGUUAGAAGUGUUGUGCCUAAAAAUUUUGAUUGCUUGUCUGUUUAAUCGGGCAUAAACAUAAACUUUGUCCGUGUGGCCUCUUCCUACUGCGACUUUUUUGUGUGGCCUGAGCGGCAGCUUUGUUUUCUAAAAUUUUUUUUUCCAGACAAAUACAAGAAUACCUGAGAUCGCCCAAUGUCAAACACCGUGUUGUUGGCAAUGCUUGGCUCUUUUAUGCCCUUUAAAUUUACCUUGUCCUUUGAGGACAACUUCGAAUCUUAAGUAAAAGCUAGAUAAAUUUUGCUUCCAAAGCCAGACAUACUUCAAGGCCGACUGCGAGAAAAAAUGAUUCCAAAAAAAUUCAUAUGACUUUUCUGAACAACUAGAGUUUGUAUUUAACAUUUUUCAGUUGACCUUCAAAUAGCUUGAUCAUAAUCAGUUAUAUUUUUUGUUAGAUUUUCGGCAGGUAUUAUGUAACCAAAAUGUUCACUGGUUGCUUUAGGAAUCCAUGUACAUAUUGUUUAUACUGAAUGUUUAUACCAUACUUAUUUAUUUGAAAGAAAAACUGUGUAAGAUAUGUGUUGAAGUAUUUAUUAUUUUAUAAAUAAAUCGUAAUUCCA